AUGGAAGACAGUGAUAACGAAGCACAAGGACAUGAUAAUAAUGGAAGUGAGGAGGAUGAAACUGAGGACAGAGCAAGUAGAGGUCCCUUUCCUACAUUUGGGAAAAAGAAGUCAAUGUCAGAUUACAAAUGGGAACUUGGUACUAUAUUUACCGAUAAGGAUGAGUUUAAGGAAGCCAUUAGAAGCUAUGUUAUUCAUGAUGGGAGGGCUCUUAAGUUUGUAAAAAAUGAUAACCGUAGGUUAAGGAAGAUUGUUGAUGUUCAUUCUUGCAGCAGGCAACUGAACAUUAAAAUGAUGAAUAGUAAGUGGUUGAGUCAUGAAAUAGAUAAGUCUUUACAUGAGAAUCCUAGUAUAAGGGUCCAAGACAUACGUACCAAAGCAUUAAGGAAAUGGAACACCAAUGUAUCAAUUUCUAAAGCAAGAAGGGCGAAGUUAAUGGCAUCAAGUGAACGUGAAGGGGAUUUUAAAGAACAAUUUCGAAGGAUUUAUGACUACGCACAUGAGGUAUUGAGAUGUAACCCAGGGUCAACGGUUAAGGUUAAAGUGAACAGUGAUAAUGGUCUUUAUAAGGGAGAGCUGCUUACUACUGUUGGGAGGGAUCCAAAUGAGCAAAUGCUACCCCUUGCAUAUGCAGUAGUUGAAGUCGAAAAUAAAGAUAGUUGGUCCUGGUUUUUGCAAUUAUUGGUUGAAGACCUUGGGGGCAAUGAAGUUUGUUGGGCGUACACGUGGAUGUCUGACCAGCAAAAGGGGUUGGUGCCAGCUAUCCAAGAGCUUUUGCCUAGGGCAGAACAAAGAUUCUGCAUCAGGUACCUUUAUGCUAACUUUAGGAAAAGAUUUUCGGGUCAAAUAUUGAAGAAUUUGAUGUGGAGGGUUGCCACAAGCACAUACCCCCAAGCUUGGGAGAGAAAGAUGUUGAAUAUCAGAGCAGUGAAUGAAGAAGCAUAUAAAUACCUCAUAGUCAUUCCCCCAAGGUAUUGGUCAAGAAGUAGGUUCAGAACUCAAGCAAUGUGUGAUACUCUGGAUAACAACAUCAGUGAAGGAUUCAACAAUGUCCUUGUUCAGUCUAGAGGAAAACCCAUUAUAACCAUGCUGGAAGAUAUUAGACUGUAUUUGAUGAAAAGAUGGGCCACAAACAGAACGAAGGUGGCAUCUAUGGAUUUCAAUGUUUGUCCAAAGAUCAAAAAGAGACUUAUGAAGGAAUGUAAUUUGUCAAGAUAUUGGAUCCCAAGCUGGUCUGCAAGAAGGAUUUUUGAGGUUAGGCAUGUUUCAGUCAUUGGGAACAAGUUCACAAUGGACCUGGACAAUGAAGAAUGUAGCUGCAGGAAGUGGAUGAUCAGUGGCAUCCCAUGUUGUCAUGCAGUUGCAUCAAUGAACUAUUCAAAUGUAGAUCCAGAAACUUUUAUACCAAUUUGGUUCAGGAAAUCCACAUACGAAGAGGCAUAUGCGUCCAUCAUCUAUCUUGUGAAUGACCACCUCUUAUGGGAAAAAACUAGUUCUCCUGAUGUACUGCCACCACUUAAGAGGAACAUGCCUGGGAGACCAAAGAAAAAAAGAAGAAUGGAGCCAUGGGAACUAACGAAAGAUGGGACCCAAAUGAGUGUUGGUGGGCAGCGAAAGAAAUGUAGCAUCUGCCGUGAACUGGGGCACAACAAAAAAGUGUGCCCUUUACGUCCAGCCAUCAUCCAACCAACAGAACCAGCACAGGCACAAAGUUCACAACCCCUUGCACCUUCACAACCAUCAAGUCCCCAAUCUCCUCACCCACCACAACCAAGUCAAGAUUCCAUCCAAGAUUUAAGUCAGCCAAUACGAAGGAAAAAGUUAAAUAUUAGAAGAAAAGAUCCAUAGAUUUAAAUGAAAAU